AUGGCGGCCACGAGAGUGAUUACUGCAGCGGCGGCUGCAACCCAAACCACUUCGUGUUUCCUCGCCAAAAGAGCUUUCUUUUCACCGGCGAAGAAAUCCUGCGGCGGCGGAUUUAGAGGUCUCUGUUUCAAUAGAAGAGAUUUGGUGUUGAAAUCAAAGAGACCCUUUUCGUGCAGUGCCAUUUACAAUCCUCAGGUUAAAGUUAAAGAAGAAGGUCAACCUGAAUCCCUAGAUUAUCGGGUUUUCUUCCUCGAUGGUUCCGGAAAGAAGAUUUCUCCAUGGCAUGAUAUACCAUUGACUUUAGGAGAUGGAGUUUUCAACUUUAUAGUUGAAAUACCUAAAGAAUCAAAAGCAAAAAUGGAGGUUGCUACUGAUGAAGAUUUCACUCCUAUUAAGCAAGACACAAAGAAGGGAAAGCUCAGAUAUUAUCCGUACAACAUAAACUGGAACUAUGGGUUGCUUCCACAGACAUGGGAAGAUCCAUCUCUGGCUAACUCCGAAGUUGAAGGAGCUUUCGGAGAUAACGAUCCAGUUGAUGUUGUUGAGAUUGGUGAAGCCCAAAGGAAGAUAGGUGAGGUACUAAAGAUCAAGCCUUUAGCUGCUUUAGCUAUGAUUGAUGAAGGAGAGCUAGACUGGAAGAUUGUUGCUAUUUCUUUGGAUGACCCAAAAGCUCAUCUUGUGAAUGAUGUUGACGAUGUUGAGAAACAUUUCCCGGGUACACUAACAGCGAUUAGAGACUGGUUUAGAGACUACAAGAUUCCAGAUGGAAAACCUGCGAACAGAUUCGCUCUUGGAGACAAACCAGUAAACAAAGAUUAUGCUUUGAAGAUCAUCCAUGAAACAAAUGAAUCAUGGGCUAAACUUGUGAAGAGAUCAGUUGAUGCUGGAGACCUUUCACUUUUCUAA